AUGUUCGGCAGUGAAGGCAACUACGGACGUUCCGCUGUGUGUCUCCGCGUGGAUGACGAGUAUACGAUCUACAAUGCCAGUCCCGAGGCUACUGUCAUCAAUCUUGGAGCUAUCCUCUCGCGCAUUGACGUCGCCUCUGCUAUUGUCAUUGACAGUCCUGUCGUCGAAAGUGUCGCGAGCAAACUCGCCAAUGCCAAGGAAGACAUCAUAUUGUCCGACGGCCAGAUGCUUCAAGUCUUCGAGAGCCUUGCCCAACUCCCUAGAGCAAGGCUAGACCAGCCUGCUGCUUUCGUCCGUCAAGAACGCUUGAUCAUUGUGUGGGCCGACGAUGCCCAGGACUGUAUGAAGAUCGCCUCCUCGGUUCACAGUGGUAUCCUUCAAGUCGUUUGGAACGACGAGAAACCCGUAACACCUAGUAACGUUGGGGAUCGUGAGCCGGGCGACGUUGAAGCCGCCGAGGAAAACACCGCCCCCUUGCGCGAACGAUAUAUCCGCGGUCACAUCACUACGAUGAUUGCACUCGUUAUUGAGGGUCUCGCUUUCGGGCUGCUCGUUCGUGAGCUUAUUAUCGAGUAUCGCUACGACGGAAAACUUCCUCGCUUCGCUUUGAUCGCAUACUUUCCGAUUACAUUCGCCAUGUCGUUAUUCUUUAUUCUCGUCAUCAUCACCAAUGUCUGGCAGAUUGUCGGACCAAUGGCGAGCGCUUUCAAAAACUCCUUCUCAUACUCUGCUGAACCCUUGAAACGCAUGACCGGCGCAUUACCAGACGUGACGAUCAUCUGCCCUGUAUACAAGGAAUCUCUUUCGGGUGUCAUUGGUCCGACGGUUGCUUCUGUGAAGACAGCGAUGGAGCGCUACAGGAAGCAGGGAGGUCAGGUGAACUUGAUCAUCUGUGAUGACCGUAUGCAACUCGUGGACGAAGCAUCGCAGACUUUCAGACAAGAGUAUUAUCGCAAACACCAUAUUGGAUGGGUGGCUCGUCCUGGUCAUGGGCAAGAUGGUUACAUUCGAGCUGGUCGUUUCAAGAAGGCGAGUAACAUGAAUGCCAUGAUGGGGAUCUCUGUGAAAGUUGAGGAAGCCCUCGGGAAGGUCGAGCGUCCUGUUGAAGGGUGGACCGCAUCCGAAGAAGAGCAGGUUUACAACGAGAUCUUGCAGGACGUCAUUGCCAAGGACGGGCGUCUCUGGGGCGAGGGUAACAUCCGUAUCGGAGACCUUUUUCUUCUCAUUGACUCCGAUACUCGCGUGCCGUCCGAUUGUCUUAUCGAUGCUGCGUCUGAGUUCGAUGCUUCUCCUCACCUUGCGGUUCUUCAGCAUGCGUCUGGUGUGAUGAAGGUUUCGCACGACUUCUUCGAAAACGCAAUGACGUACUUCACCGACCACAUCUACCGCUCGAUUCGUUUCUCCUGCUCGGGUGGUGAUAUGGCUCCCUUCGUUGGUCACAAUGCCUUUAUCCGCUGGCGAGCCGUGCAAGAGUCGGCCGAAUGGAUGCAUGAAGACGGCAACCCCCGCUGGUGGUCCGAGUCCCACGUCUCUGAAGAUUUCGAAAUGGCUCUGAAACUGCAAUGUGCCGGCCACAGCAUCCGGCUUGCGGCUUACACCAAUGGAGAAUUCAAGGAGGGGGUUUCCCUUACUCUGUUCGAUGAGAUUGCUCGCUGGGAGAAGUAUGCAUACGGGUGCUCCGAGCUCAUCUUCAACCCGGUGAGGACUUGGUUGUGGAAGGGACCUAUUACGCCCAUGUUCCGUCGUUUCGUCUUUGCGAAGGAGAUUCCAAUGUCACACAAGUUCACGUUGUUGUCUUACAUUGGUACCUACUAUGCGCUUGCCUGCGUUUGGCUUCUCGUCCUGUCGAACUACUUCUGGACUGGAUGGGCUGCGGACAUGAUCGAUCACGCGUGGCUCGACUCCCUCCGCGUCACUGUGACUGUCGUCGUUGUCUUUACAGUCCCGCUCGCCCCGGCCAUCUUCGCGUACCGCAUGAAGGACAAGGGUUUCUUCCAGGCACUAUGGGAAGCCACAAAAUGGACGCCGUUCUACAUGUUCUUCUUCAACGGCGUCUCGUUCCGUAUUUCCAUGGCACUACUCAGUCACAUGUUUGAAUACAACAUGCAGUGGGGUGCUACCUCGAAGGAGACAGAUGACUCGGACUUCUUUAGAGAGUUACCUCGUAUUCUCAGGGAGUUUAGGUGGACUUAUGUCUUCUUUGGGCUUCAGAUCCCGAUGAUGAUUUACCUUGCUCGGUUUGCGCCUUACCAAUGGCAGAUCCCAAACUUCUGGAGUGUUUAUCCUUUGGCGAUGAGCGUCGGUGGGCAUUUGGUUAUGCCGCUUGCUUUGAAUCCGAAGUUGUAUCCGUUUUGA